AUGUCUAAUGAACGAAUAAAUCCAAAUAUUUUAAUAACAGGCACACCAGGAACAGGUAAAUCAACAUUAUCAGAAUUAUUAGCAAAAUCAACCAAUUACAAAUAUAUCAAUGUUGGCGAAUUGGCAAAAGAAAAAAAUUUAUAUGAUGGAUAUAAUGAAACAUUCGAUACAAAUAUAUUAGAUGAUGAUAAAGUUGUUGAUGAAUUGGAAGAAAUUAUUGAAGAAGAUGGUGGAAAUAUUAUUGACUUUCAUUCUUGUGAAUUAUUUCCAGAACGUUGGUUUGAUUUAAUAAUAGUAUUAAGAGCAGAUAUUACUAUUUUAUAUGAUAGAUUAGAAAAAAGAAAAUAUACAGGUCAAAAAAUAACAGAAAAUGUUGAUUGUGAAAUAUUUCAAAUUGUACUAGAAGAAGCAAAAGAAUCUUAUUCAGAAGAAAUUGUUGUAGAAUUGCAAAGUAAUAAUACAGAUGAUAUUGAAAAUAAUCUAUCAAGAAUUGAAGAAUGGAUAAAAAACUGGAAAAUUUUGAAUAAUAACAAUUAA